UUCAUUUUUUUCUUAGGGGUGGUGGCCGCUGUUUUGCUUCAUAGCUUCCCGAUCUGCCUACGAAAGCAUGGGAAUGUUGCGAGGGAAUUUCUAAGUAAACUUGUUUUUAAGUUCUUGAUAAGUUACUGUAAGUCAUCCAGAAGCUCUUGCCUAUUACUUGGAGUCUAAUCUGUCCGACAAAAGGCUUUUAUCGAAGCGUUUUUGGGACGUUUCAACAGCGAGCAAUCCCGGACAAAGGAAGAGAGACUUGUGAGCUAACGUUAGCUGCUCCCGGGCUAACUUAGCAUUCCUCUAGCUGCGGCGCAAUGCAGGCCAUAAAGUGUGUCGUUGUCGGAGACGGUGCUGUGGGUAAGACCUGCCUGCUCAUCAGCUACACCACUAAUGCCUUUCCUGGAGAGUACAUCCCCACAGUGUUUGACAACUACUCUGCUAAUGUUAUGGUGGAUGGGAAACCUGUGAACCUGGGCCUUUGGGAUACAGCAGGACAAGAAGACUAUGACAGACUCCGCCCACUUUCCUACCCACAGACGGAUGUGUUUCUCAUCUGCUUUUCACUUGUGAGUCCUGCCUCGUUUGAAAACGUCCGUGCCAAGUGGUAUCCUGAGGUGAGACACCAUUGUCCCAACACUCCUAUUAUCCUGGUGGGCACCAAGCUGGAUUUGAGAGAUGACAAGGACACGACAGAGAAGCUGAGGGAGAAGAAACUCUCUCCUAUUACAUAUCCUCAAGGACUGGCGAUGGCUAAGGAGAUUGGUUCUGUUAAGUAUCUGGAGUGCUCAGCCCUGACUCAGCGUGGCCUUAAAACCGUAUUUGAUGAGGCCAUCCGGGCUGUCCUCUGCCCUCAGCCUGUAAAGAAGAAGCGCAAGAAGUGCACUCUCCUCUAAGACUUCCUCCUCCGGCACGUUAAAGGGGGGAACAUGAGCGGUAGUGGUGCGGGUGGCUAAAGACGCAGGAGAAACACACCAGUAUACACACAAAAACAAUGUACUUUGGAUUCUUUCCUUCCAUCAGUGUAGCUACAGCAAAUAUACCCAUCAUCUCCAUUGACAGUUUCACAUAGGGUCAGCGUUAGGAGGGAGGGUCGUUAGAUCACAAACCCUCAUCCUUUCCAAACUACAUAUACUGUAUAAACAAGUUAAAUGCAAUUCUUGAGGCCUUCUAAAAUAGAUUGGAUGUUUUUUGUAAAAAGGACCGUGGAAUGUUUUCAAUUUGUUCUUCCACUGGUUGUCAACCUUUUUUUGUUUACAGUCUUGUGCUUGUUUUUUAAUGGAAGAAAUAUUGCCAAAUAUGUUCUGCAGACGUGCUGUAAUUACGCAGAAAAGAUCUGUUUUGUUUCUUUUGUUUUGAACCUUUAAACCUUCAAAAUACAGCUGACAGUUUGCUGUUGUGUGCUGCUUUUUCAUUCAGCUCCACAAUCAGUACGCGUACAUGCAGUUUAGAAGGAGGGGGAUUAUUGAGUCAGUCUUGCUAAAACUGAGGUAUGCAAGUCUGACUGAGAUCAUACUUAGUCAUUUAAAAUGUAUAAAAGUUGGUUUAAUGCUUCAGGUAUGCGGUUGCAGAUCAGUUUACUUAAUUGGACUGGACUAGACAUUCUGCAGAGAUCAGCACCUCUGUUGCAGGCUUUCACCUUGAAGAUGAAGAGCAUAAAUGCAAAGACAUGCCAUUCAUCUCAGCUGUACUAAAACUAAAGCACAGAGUUUGUACAGAAUAUACUGAGCUGUAAAAUCUGUCCAUGUCGCAUGAUCAAAGAAGGAAGGUCCAUGCUGACUAGCUGAAGUGGGACAUUGUUCCAGCUCCUGAGUCAACUCUCCUGUGCUUGGGAUGAGCACAGUAGCCCAGUUAAAUUGCCUAUUAGAGCUAAAUCUGUACCAUGUUCUUCCUCUGCAUGUAAACGUACUGACUCUCAGCAUUUUUAUUAGUUUUCAGUUCCAUUUCGCCAGGGCUGCCGUGUGUCACCGCACUGUCAACAAGGAAUUCAAAGCUACCAUCUGUCCGGUUCUUUGUUUUUGCCUCAGAUGAGUUGUUUUCAGUCGCUUUGCUUUCAGUCCUAGCACGUGAAUCACAAAGACAACUGAGAUGUACUGAAAAUGCAGAAUGGGAACAGAUCUUUGGACACCAACAGUGCUAUUAAUUACUCCCCAAUGAAUCGAAUGAUCCAGUAUUUUAUGUGUUUGGCUUCCACCUGUCUGGUUCAUGGUAUUUUUCUUUUCCCUAGAAGUGUCUCGACUGUGUAGCUGCCCAGGCGUGCAAAGCUCAAACCUUUAUUAGAUACCAGAUUAGAACUGUUUAGGUGGUGGGGAACAAGAGCACCUUUAACGCUCUGUGGGCAUUUAUCAAAAACCUUUGUGCAGCACAUUUUGAUUUCUAAUAGCAUCACUACUGGCUGAUUAAUGUCUCUAAAACGGAGCAUUUACGCCUGCUUUUAACAGAGCUACUGUCGGUUAUGGUGUAGUAUACAGUGUACUCAUCUUUUUGUUAUAAUCAUGUGAUUUUUGUAUUUUUCUUCACAGAAGUUCCACUUUGCUCACUGUAUUGUUAACUAACACUAUGAAUAUCCUUUGUUUAUUACCUCUACAGUUAACGCUACCUUAAUCUCCAUACAAGCCUAGCUUUUUGUAAUUAAUGCUGAUAGCAUGUAUGUGCAACAUAUACUGAAAACUAAGAUUAGAAUGCUACAGUUAUAUUUUUUGCCUAUUUACAAAAUGUAUUUGAACUACUAGAUCAGGGGGUUAAGUACAUGUUGCUCAUCUGUAAUGUAUUCAGACAUCAAGCUGUGCUUUAAUUCAAGCCAAUGUCGUGACUCUUUAGUUUUAUGGAUAAAAAGCUGUUGUCACUUUUUGGAAAAGCCAAUAAAAUCAAGUAAAACUGA